AUGUCUGACGAAAUUGCUGCAUUGGUUGUUGAUAAUGGGUCUGGUAUGUGCAAGGCCGGAUUUGCUGGAGACGAUGCUCCCAGAGCCGUUUUCCCGUCCAUCGUUGGCCGUCCCAGGCACAAGGGUGUGAUGAUAGGAAUGGGCCAGAAAGACUCCUACGUUGGCGAUGAAGCCCAGUCGAAGAGAGGAAUCCUUUCAUUGAGAUAUCCAAUUGAGCAUGGUAUUGUUACAAACUGGGAUGACAUGGAAAAAAUAUGGCAUCACACCUUUUUCAAUGAGCUUCGUGUUGCGCCUGAGGAGCACCCCGUCCUUUUGACCGAGGCCCCGAUGAACCCCAAGAACAAUCGCGAAAAGAUGAUCCAGAUUAUGUUUGAAACCUUCAAUACGCCCGCCUGCUAUGUUGCCAUUCAGGCCGUGCUUUCUCUGUAUGCUUCUGGACGUACCACCGGAAUUGUGUUGGAUUCUGGCGAUGGUGUAAGCCAUACGGUUCCCAUCUAUGAAGGAUAUGCCCUUCCGCACGCCAUUCUUCGUCUUGAUAUGGCUGGUCGCGACAUGACUGACUACCUUAUCAAAUUGCUCACGGAGCGCGGCUAUUCGUUUACUACGUCUGCCGAGCGCGAAAUCGUUCGAGAUAUCAAGGAGAAGCUGUGCUAUGUUGCAAACGAUUUUGAACAAGAAAUGCAAACUGCUGCCAAAUCUUCUUCCAUUGAAAAGACCUAUGAACUUCCUGAUGGCCAAGUGAUCACCAUUGGCAAUGAGCGUUUCCGUACUCCAGAGGCCCUCUUCCAGCCCUCAUAUUUGGGAUCUGAAAGCGCUGGCAUCCAUGAGACCACAUACAAUUCUAUCAUGAAAUGUGAUCUUGAUAUUCGCAAGGACUUGUACUCAAAUGUAGUCCUUUCUGGAGGAACCACCAUGUAUCCAGGCAUUGCCGAGCGCAUGCAAAAAGAGCUCUCGGCCCUUGCCCCACCCACUAUGAAGGUGAAGAUCGUUGCUCCUCCUGAGCGCAAAUACUCCGUAUGGAUUGGUGGCUCGAUUCUGGCGUCCCUUUCUACCUUCCAGCAGAUGUGGAUUUCGAAACAAGAGUACGAUGAACACGGUCCCUCUAUCGUCCAUCGUAAGUGCUUCUAA